GACAGAGGAAGCUUGGGUCUCGCCGUCCAUGUAUGCCAUCGUCCCUGUUUAGCUCAACAGCUCGGUAGCCGACUUUCACACCUAGUGUCAUACUUUCCCCCACCAAGCAAUGGAGGUGAAGAUGGACCCGUUGUUCCUGGCGUUGAGCUACUUCCGGAGGCGAAAGCUUCAACAAUGUUCAGAUAUUUGCACUAAAAUAUUACAGGACAACCCGUACGACCAGGACUCCUCCAUACUUAUCUCAGAGGCUGCGUGGAGCUUGAAAACCCGCGCUCUUACAGAGAUGGUAUACAUUGACGAAAUUGAGGUUGACCAGGAAGGGAUUGCUGAGAUGAUGCUGGAUGAAAGCUCUAUUGCCCAAGUUGCACGACCAGGAACAUCACUGAGGCUCCCUGGAACAAGUCAUGGCGGAGGUCCCACACCGGCUGUCAGGCCCUUGACACAAUCGGGGCGUCCCAUCACAGGAUUUGUGAGGCCCAGCACACAGUCGGGUCGUCCUGGGACAAUGGAGCAGGCCAUCAAGACCCCCCGCACCGCAGGCUCCGCCCGUCCUGUCACGAGCGCUUCUGGCAGAUUCAUUCGUCUGGGCACAGCUUCUAUGUUAACCAAUCCAGAAGGACCAUAUAUAAACCUCUCGAGACUAAAUCUGGCCAAGUAUUCCCAAAAACCACAAUUAUCCAGGACAUUGUUCGAGUACAUAUUCCACCAUGAAAAUGAUGUAAAAAAUGCAUUAGAUUUGGCUGCUCAAGCUACUGAACAUGCCCAGUUUAAAGACUGGUGGUGGAAGGUUCAGUUAGGAAAAUGCUACUACAGGCUUGGUUUAUAUCGAGAGGCAGAAAAACAGUUUAGAUCAGCUCUGAACCAUAAAGAGGUGGUGGAUACGUAUCUCUACCUUGCGAAGGUGUAUCAGCGCCUGGAUCAACCAAUAACAGCACUUAACCUUUUCAAGCAAGGUCUGGACCACUUUCCUGGGGAGGUUACUCUGCUAACUGGAAUCGCUCGCAUACACGAGGAGAUGAACAACAUCUCAUCGGCCACAGAGUAUUACAAAGAUGUGCUGAAGCAGGACAACACCCACGUGGAGGCUAUAGCCUGCAUAGGCAGCAAUCACUUCUACACCGAUCAGCCUGAGAUCGCCCUGCGCUUCUACAGACGGCUACUUCAGAUGGGGGUGUAUAACUGCCAGCUGUACAACAACCUGGGCUUGUGCUGCUUCUACGCCCAGCAGUACGACAUGACUCUGUCCUCGUUCGAGAGGGCUCAGGCCCUGGCGGCCAAUGACGAAGAGCAGGCGGAUGUGUGGUACAACAUAGGACACGUGGCCGUGGGCAUAGGAGACUUGCCACUGGCCUACCAGUGUUUUAAAUUGGCUUUGACUAACAAUAAUGACCACGCUGAGGCCUACAACAACCUGGCAGUGCUGGAGCUGCGCAAAGGUCGCAUCGAACAGUCUAAAGCCUUCCUGCAGACGGCAGCAUCGCUCGCCCCUCACAUGUACGAGCCGCACUUCAAUCUCUCCAUUCUCUCUGAAAAGAUCGGAGACCUUCAAGGCAGUUACACUGCCGCCCAAAAGUCUGAGGACUCCUUCCCGGAGCACGUCGACACUCAGCAGCUUCUCAAGCAACUUCGGCAGCACUUUUCGGUUCUGUGAAGGCUGGCGCAUGCUUCUGCGUCUGCGUCGUUGCGUCGACGCACUCGUUUUAAUUCAUGAUUCUAAAAAGCUUGCGUGUGUCACCUCCAGAACAAUAGGCGGAGUAACGUGUUUAGUUGAAGACGACCUAGUGAGUCACGUAAAGUAGCUCCAGUUUUUAAGAGCAUCUGUAACAUCUGUAAGCUUAACGUAACAACUUGAUGCUGACUUACACUUUAAUUGUAGGAAUGUACAAUGCAUAUGUGUGAUAAACUGGUAUCUUUGUGUACAGGUCUGUAUAGUAGAAAUUCAUAUGUACUCUACAUAGUAAAGUUAUUUAUUGCAGAGUAAUGUUUUACCUACAUUUUGUAGUUAAUUUCAUAGAUCAAAUGUAUUUUUGGUAUUUUGGCGUUCCUUGUAAGACUGAAGUCUCAACAAAUAUUGACAUGACAGUGAAGAGAGAUUUAAAAGUCUUUAAUAAAAACAGUUCAUUUUUUAUUCAAACAAUUAAAUGGACUUUAACACAUUAA